CCCGCGAUAUAACAUCAUUCACUCUCAAAAGAUAGACACAAGGCUUCUUCCUUCGUUGCCUUCCCCAACUCGCUACAGCAAAAGUUGCCUGAUUUCUUCGCCCGUUCUCGUCACUCACUGCCCACUCUUCUGCCCCCGUCCCUCCUCCUCCUUCUCUCUUUCGCUUUGACGGAGACGCUUCUCAGUUUAUCACAGUUUUGUACGUGAAUGCAGAAAGAGCAUGUCCUACCAGGCAGUGGACGGAGCCGAUUACAUGGUGGAUGAGCAGGAAAUGGAAGAUUUCGGUCAUGAAUUCGAGGAAGAAGUCUAUGGUGGAGAUGGUGGAGAGUUGGGUCUUGACGAGUAUGACAUGGUGACCAGAGGGACAGAUACCUCGGCUGCCCAAGCCAGGAAGGGAAAAGAUAUUCAAGGUAUACCAUGGGAUACACUUAAUAUAACGAGGGAUAACUAUAGGGUGACGAGGCUGGAACAGUACAGGAAUUAUGAGAAUGUUCCAUUAUCUGGGGAAUCAAUAGACAAGGAGUGCAAACCAAUGGAGAAGGGUGGUCACUACUAUGAGUUUUUUCACAACACGAGAUCAGUUAAGCCAACAAUCCUUCAUUUCCAGCUAAGAAACCUUAUUUGGGCUACUUCGAAACAUGAUGUCUAUCUACUGUCAAACUAUUCAGUAAUGCACUGGUCAUCAUUAACCGGAAAUUUGUCUGAGAUCCUCAAUUUCUCAGGACACAUAGCACCUGCUGAGAAACACCCAGGAAGUUUAUUGGAAGGUUUUAUGCAGACACAAAUCAGCACACUGGCGGUCAAGGAGAAUUUCCUGGUUGCAGGUGGCUUCCAAGGAGAGCUUACUUGCAAGCGUUUGGAUAAGCAAGGAGUUAGUUUCUGCACCCGGACCACAUAUGAUGAUAAUGCCAUCACAAACGCUAUCGAAAUAUAUGACAGCCUGAGCGGUGGAAUCAAUUUCAUGGCAUCCAAUAAUGAUUGUGGUGUAAGAGAAUAUGACAUGGAAAAAUUUCAGCUUUUGAAUCACUUCCGAUUCCCCUGGCCAGUGAAUCAUACAUCAAUGAAUCCAGACCGUAGGCUUAUUACUGUUGUUGGAGAUCACACCGAUGGAUUGCUUGUUGAUUCACAGAGUGGAAAGACUGUUGCUACGGUGGUUGGUCAUCUAGAUUACUCUUUUGCGUCUGCUUGGCACCCUGAUGGACGCACCUUUGCCACUGGGAAUCAGGAUAAGACUUGCCGAGUUUGGGAUAUUAGAAAGCUAUCAUCUCCAGUUGCAAUUCUCAAGGGUAACUUGGGUGCUGUCCGAUCAAUACGCUUUUCCUCGGAUGGUCAGUUCAUGGUGGUGGCUGAACCUGCAGAUUUUGUUCAUGUGUAUAGCACAAAGUCAGAUUACAAAAAGCGCCAAGAGAUUGAUUUCUUUGGAGAGAUCUCAGGCGUAUCGCUGAGUCCGGAUGAUGAAUCUCUGUAUAUAGGAAUCUGGGAUCGGACAUAUGCAAGCUUGUUACAGUAUAACAGAAGGCAUACAUAUGGUUAUCUUGAUUCGCUCUUGUGAGUUAGUUGUGAAGGAUUUGUGAAGAGAGUGGUUAUCUACAAUGGGACCGCAGAAUUGUUGGAGGAGGAUGAAAAGAUACCGAAGAUUUAACUCUUCGUUUGAUGUUUAGGUCAGUUUUAUAUCUUCAAAAUGGACAAGAGAAUAAUAAGUUAUUUCUGGUUAGAACCUUAGUAUGUGUAUAGUGAUACUUUGUUUAUUUACAAGAAAGCAAAUGAUCAUCUUCUUCUGA